AUCGAACAUUCCUUAUUUUAUUGACAGCACGUUGAAAUUUGAAGUUUCCGAACAUAACCUCACAUAACCUCAAAAAAUCGAAAUAAAAUGGGACGUUCUGAUUUAAAAACUAAUUUAUCCGAUUUCACCUCAACAGAGACAGAAACGAGUAGUGACGAAUCGAUUUCUAAUAAUAAAGAAAAGAAAUUUAAAUGUACUCACGCCGGAUGUUUAGCAGCGUUCUCAAAAAAUCGUAAAUUAAUUAAUCACAUCCGAUUACACACCGGAGAGCGUCCAUUUCAAUGUAGUAAUUGCACUAAAGCAUACACAAACUCUUCCCAUUUGAGGAGACAUCAAAAAAUCAAACAUGAAAAUGGAACAGAAAGAUUAACAUGUCCUUUCGAUGAUUGUAAUCGAGAAAUUGCGAAUAAAUGGGGGCUUAAGAAGCAUAUUCAAAGAUGUCAUGAUCCUAAACGAGUUUAUCCCUUUAAUUGCAAACAAUGUUCUCAAGGAUUUUUAAGAAAACGGCAUUUACAACAACACUCUUAUGUUCAUACAGGAGAAUUGCCUUUUAAAUGUGAUCAAUGUGACAAAGGAUUUGUUACGGUUAGGGAUUGCAAUCGACAUAAAAGGGUACACUUAAAUACGUACACUUGUGAAUGCGGAGAUGUUCUCGAUAAAUGGAGUUUGUUUUUGGAGCAUAGAAGAGAAUGUCAACGAAAAAGGUUGAAUUGUUCGAUAUGUAAUAAAAACUUUGCAAGUAAACAUAACUUAAAACAGCAUCAAGAAACUCAUAAAUCUCCUGAUGAAAAAGAUGUUUUUCUAUGUCCCCACAAAAAUUGUGAGCGGGUUUAUUUAUAUAAAAAGAAUUUAGAUUUUCAUAUAAAGAGAUUUCACGAAAAAGUGGAUGUACCGAAAAUUCCAUGCCACUAUGAAGGCUGCAAUAAAAUGUUAAGUAAAAUGCAAAAUUACAAAAUACACAUAGAAAAAUGUCACUUAAACACAAAAAGCGCUGAUAAAAAGCCACGAAAAACGAGAAAAGAUAAAGGAAGCUUUAAGAAAUCUAUUAGAAGUAAAUUAACUGGAUUAAUAACUUUAAACAAUGAGAUUUCUACCAAUACAAAUACUGAAAUAGAAUAAAAUUUCUUUUACAUUA